GGGCGAGCUACGUGCGCCGAAGGAGGAGGGAGACCGCAGGGGGAUGCGCACAGCAGCACGUCCUCAACCGCACAUCCUGACGUUGGCGAAUCAUGGAGAAAAAAAAAGAAUAAAAAGAAAUAAUCAGUGGGACAAUGAAAAUCAUGAAUGAGCAAAAUAGAACGAAAUCCUUCCAGAUUAAUGGACGAAACGAGUCCGCUCGUCUCUCCGCUCCGGGACUCCGGGGAUUUUAGCUACUGUCCGACAGAGCCCACCAGCCCGCGGGGCGCCUUUGGAGGCACGCCGGGCUCCGUGGUGCGCAUCCCGGCUGGCAGCCCGGGACGCAGCCGAGAGAGGCAGCCGUUGUUGGACCGUGACCGCGGGAACUCGCCGCGGGGGCCGCAUAGGAACGAGUUCCCAGAAGAUCCCGAGUUCAGAGACAUCAUCAGAAAGGCCGAGCGAGCCAUAGAGGAGGGGAUCUAUCCAGAGAGGAUCUACCAGGGAUCCAGUGGAAGCUAUUUUGUCAAAGACUCACAAGGGAAAAUCAUUGGUGUCUUCAAACCCAAAAAUGAAGAGCCCUACGGCCAGCUGAACCCAAAGUGGACCAAGUGGCUUCAGAAACUGUGUUGUCCCUGCUGUUUUGGUCGCGACUGUUUGGUGCUGAACCAGGGCUACCUCUCAGAGGCCGGAGCCAGUCUGGUCGACCAGAAACUGGAGCUCAACAUUGUUCCCAGGACCAAGGUGGUUUACUUAGCCAGUGAAACAUUCAACUACAGUGCCAUAGACAGGGUCAAGUCUCGAGGUAAAAGACUAGCCCUAGAGAAGGUGCCUAAAGUGGGCCAGCGCUUCCACAGGAUCGGACUGCCCCCCAAGGUCGGUUCCUUCCAGCUCUUUGUUGAUGGAUACAAGGAUGCCGACUUCUGGCUGCGGAAGUUUGAAGCAGAGCCUUUGCCUGAAAACACAAAUCGUCAGCUUCAGCUGCAGUUUGAGCGACUCGUAGUACUCGAUUACAUCAUCAGGAACACAGGCAAAGGAAAUGACAACUGGCUGCUGAAGUACGACUGUCCCAUGGACUCCGGGGGGAACAGAGACACAGACUGGGUAGUGGUAAAGGACCCCAUCAUUAAGCUUGCAGCAAUAGACAAUGGCCUCGCCUUCCCCCUCAAACACCCGGACUCCUGGAGAGCCUACCCAUUUUACUGGGCAUGGCUUUCCCAGGCCAAGGUUCCUUUCUCCCAGGAAAUCAGAGAACUGGUCCUCCCCAAGCUCUCAGACCCAAAUUUCAUCAAAGACCUGGAAGAGGACCUUUAUGAAUUAUUCAAGAAAGACCCUGGUUUCGACAGAGGACAGUUUCACAAACAAAUAGCAGUAAUGAGGGGACAGAUCCUGAACCUGUGCCAGGCAUUGAAGGAUGGGAAAACCCCCCUGCAGCUGGUCCAGAUGCCCCCUGUAAUUGUUGAGACAGCCAGAGCGCCUCAGAGAGCCAACAGUGAGUCCUACACGCAGAGUUUCCAGAGCCGAAGACCGUUCUUCACCUGGUGGUAGGAGAGGAAGAGCGCAGAGGAAGAGGAGGAACAGCAGGAAGCUGGAUUGAGAUUUUUCUUGGAGAGGACAGAAUCUGUGAGUGCAGGAAUCUGUUCUGGGAAUUAAAAUGAUCAUCACCCUCCUUUCCUCUCCUCAUGGAUAUUUUCAUUAGAGAGAGAGUGGGUGAGUGGGUAGAGACAGAUGAGGCCAAAGAGGAAGCGUUUUCCAACAUAAAUUCCUAAUUGCCUCUGUGCCUUGUGAGGAUGUUGAUGAAUAAUUAAUGGAUAAAUCACAAACAUUCUGUACCAGACGGUGAAAGUGAGGGGUCAGUUUGUGUUGGACUAGUGGGUUUGCAUAAUGUUUGUUCACACUUGUGAACAUACAGUCGAAGCCUCCCACACAUUUGCUUGCUUGGGUGGGAGGUGUUGCAUUCCACAUUUUUUUUUGAUACCCCUUUGCCUUUUCGUUUUCACCUGCAUAUUCACCUCCAUGCAGUUAAAAGCCCAUCGUCUGAGGAAAGCAGUGGUUCCACUUUUUUUAAGUAAGAAAAACAUUUGUUGUGGUUAAGUCUUGCAAAUUUGGGAACUGGGCUCUUGGUGGCGUAAUGAACACAGGCCUCUAGUUUCAUGGGUACUCGUUGCAUCCUUAAUUUUUCUUUAGGAUCUGAAGCUAAUGGUGAGGGUGUCAGAAACUGAGGCCCCUUUGUGGUUAAAGAAGGAAGCUGCUCAGAUUAGCUGGACUAGCUUGUCUAUUGUCCCACUGAUGAGUAAUUCAGAAGUAAAGAAGAUAAAAUGCUCCCAUCUGCAAGCAGGCUGGAUGCUGGGCUUUGGUGAGUGCAGUCCCAAGCUCCCGUUUGACUCAGCCAUGUGCAUCUCUGUUUUUCUGGCUUGGACCUAAGUGAACGACAACAAAGUAACUCCCUGCUGUACUGAACUGACAUGAAAUGUAACGUGACAAUGCACUGUAUCAUUUGUAUGUAAUAUUUAAUGAUAGAUUAUAAUUAAAACAUACACCAUUAACAUACAAUAUAAAA